AUGAAUCGAUUCUAUUACAAUGGUAAGAUUUAUCGUUUUUCAAAAGGUGGACCUGCAAAUGUACCAUUAAUUCAAACUUUAUCUGAAAUGUUUGCUACUCAAUGGCAAAAAUCUUUACGUGAUGAAUGUAAUAGAAGAAAUGAAUUUUUAGGUCGAUGCAAAGAUGAAAUUAUACUUACUUGGAAUUCAGAUAUGGAAGAAUUACAAUCAAUUGUUAAACAGAUACAUAUUCCUGAUACAUCGAUUGAAAUUCAACUAACAAUGGCUUCGAAGGUUCAAUUUUUAGACGCUUAUAUUGAAAAUAAAGAAGGUUUAUUAUAUAGUCGUGUUGAUCAUCAUCAUGGAGCACAACCUUAUACAUUACCAUAUGCUAUUGCUAAUUCAAAAGCAGCACAUAGUCAUUGGCUUCGAUCAUCACGCAUUCGAGCUGUUCGUUAUUUUUUUUUUUUUUAUUUGCAAAAGCUGGUGACCCUUGUUGGUCCUAUCAGUACAAAAAUCUUUAAGAAAUUACAGAGAAAAAGCAUUAUUUCAACAUAG